CUAAACAUUUGUAAGCUAUCGCGGUAAAUUGACAAAGCAACAUUUAGACUUUAGUUAAUUACAAGUUCUUGGUGUUUGUGCAACCGAAAAAAUGAAGUUAAAGAAAAAUGUGAAACUUAAGGAAAUUUUCGAUACGGUGGUGAUUUUUCGUCGCAGUCUGAUUUUUCAAACAAAAGAAUUCUUUCAAAACUCAACAUUGCAUGGAGUGCGUUAUAUUGCAGAAACGGGAAGGCCAGUGGGUGAAAAAUUCAUGUGGUUCUGUUUUACUUCAAUUGGUGCAGUAACGGCUCUUGUGAUUAUUAUGAGUCUCUGGGAGAAAUUUCAAACCAACCCAACUAUUACAGGUUUGGAUACCGAUUUCCAUAAUCAAAAUGUUGUGUUUCCUACAACGGUUGUUUGUCCCGAAAUAGCCUUCGAUCAUGAUAGGGCAUUUGAGGUGGCACUGAGUCAAUUGGCAGAUAAUGAUUACUCCUUGGCUGGCUAUAUUGUACCGUUUUUGGAGCUGUUGCCCUCCUUAUCGUAUGAGACAUUCAAUGAGGCUGCUGUCAUUGCAAGUUCCGUUGAAAUGGAGGCGGUGCAUCAAAAAACCCUGCGCCAAUGGGCUUUUGAGUCCGUCAUCAAUUGUGAAGAUGUCCUAACCGAAUGUAAAUAUCGCGAUGAGCCCAUUAAGUGCUGUGAAGCUUUCAAACCAGUCUACACAGAACAUGGUUAUUGUUUUGCCUUCAAUAGUCGCUUUCAAUCAACUGAAGAUGCAGACAUUAAUUCCGGCUCGCCUCACGAUUUAUAUGAAACCGAUAAGAAAUGGGCCCUAUUUUUCGUACCCAAUAGUACAGUAAAGAUCUACAUUUUUUCCAAUGAAGAAUAUUUUGGCCAAGAUUUUAACCCUCAAAUUGAAUGGUCCGAAAAUGAAGUCGUAGAAGUGCGCAUUUCUAAAAAGAAUACCUAUACCACAGAUGAUGCUCGACAAUUGUCCAUUGGACAACGUAAAUGUAUUUUCCAUGAUGAAAUCAAAUUGAAAUAUUUUCCUGAAGAAUACACAUUUUCGUCAUGCAUGAAAGAGUGUCGAAUGAAAAAGGCCAUCAAGCUGUGCAAGUGUUUGCCGCCAUUUUACAAACCAAUUGCCAAUGUUAAGAUGUGUGGCCUAAAUGAUUUGGAUUGUUUGACCGAUUAUCGUAACAAUAUAACCAACAUCAAGGAUUGUAUGCAAUGCGAACUGAGCUGUUCCAAAACGGUCUACAAUAUUGAAAAGUUAAUCAAAAACAUUGAACGUCCUGAUGCCCCUGGCGUCUUGGUGGAAUUUCUCACAUGGCCCAUUAUCCGCUACAAACGUGAAGUCCUUUUCGGUUGGGUGGAUUUACUGGUGUCGUUCGGCGGUAUUGCCAGUUUGUUUUUGGGUUUCUCCUUGCUAUCUGGAGUGGAAAUUAUUUACUAUUUUACAUUGAGGGCCUGUUGCAUGGUCUACAAGAAUCGGCAAGAAUUGGAAGAAAUCGAAGAGCGAAUACAAAAUCAACCACCACCACCGAUCAACAUGACCUUGGGUAUGAAGUCAUAUACUGCUCCCAUUGUGGUUACUGAGAAACAACCUUUGAGUGCGGCUGAGAAAAUCAGCUCACCCCCUUCGAAUGAUAAGCCACCAGAUUAUAAUGAUAUCGGAGGACGGCGUAGAAAGGCGGAUAAGGACUAUACGGCAUUUGCAAAAUCCAUGUACAAGACACCCAAAACGUUGCCCAGUUAUGCCGAUGCAACCACAACCAAUUGGCAAUAUGGCCACUAUUUACCUUAAAAGGGCAAUUGGAUUUUAGAAAAAAAUUGUUAUUACCCUUAAACCUUGCACUGUGUAACUUAGUAAAAAAUUGUGAAUUCGUUAGAAUUAAAUAUUUUUGAACAAAAAAAAAUGAUGAGAUAUAAAUGAGAACUAUGAUGCAUUUGUGGUGCACUAGUUCGAAGAAGAAAAUAAUAUAUUAAAGGCUGUUUCGAUUACAUAUAAGUCUUUUUGGAAGACUUAGUUUUUGAAAUAAUGUAGAGGAGCCCUGUCUAGAUGUUACCCUUAGGUUAUGAUCGGGGACAUUUGCCCAAAAUUGACGUGUUUAUUGUUGUUAGAUAUUCAUAAAACAUGAAAGUUGUUUCAGCUUUACAGCCAU